GCGAGCCAAGGCUGAGACUUGAGACUGAAGGGCAGCAGGGGAAGUGGGAGGAGCCAGCAUCAUCCAGGAAUCAGAUGGAACACACAGUGCACUGUGCAGGGAUUGUUUACAUGGGGUGAUCAGAGCUACAGGCACGCUGUACAGGAACUAUCAUAUAUUACAUAGAGGGGGUGAUGCAAGGUGCUAAUAAACAGUAACAAGUAUUGGUUGUGCUAAAGUUGCAUGUAUUGUAGAAGAGGCUGGAGAUAUCAUUGAAGAUGAUAAAGAAAAAUAAAAUCUCUUAAUAAUGGAGUCAGAACACAUGGAUCCCCAGGCAGAUAAUGACAGUGUGCUCCAGAGGAAGAAGCAAACACUUACAAAUGUUGUUAUUGGAUUCAUCUUUUUGCUCAGUGGCAUUGAAUAUGCUGUGAUCCUACCCACUGUUUGGAUGUACCUGCAAACAUUAGAUGCACAACCUUUCUUCUUGGGUCUUGUUCUCUCUGCCUUCAGUCUAACUGAAUUAUUGUCUGGUCCUGUGUUUGGUUACUGGUCAGACAGGACGGGCAAAACAAAGCAUGUCAUCCUACUGAGCAAUUGCUUUGAGAUUGCAGGUAAUUUCAUGUACUUUGUUGGAAUCUCCAAGUGGUUUCUCCUGGCUAGUCGGUUGGUAGCAGGUAUUGGUGGGGGAGCUGGGGCUUCAAUCUUUGGCUAUCUGACACGGCAUUCUAGUGCCAAAGAUCGUGUUCCGGUCUUUGCCAUGGCAAUGGCAUGCAGACAAGCUGGUCUUUUGAUAGGUCCUGCAUUUAAUAUCUUCCUUAGAUAUUGCACCUUCCAGCUUGGACCAUUCCAUGUUGAUAAGUUCUCUGCUCCUGGAAUCUUCAUGUGUGUUCUAUGGACUUUGAUACAAUUCAUGGUCAUUUUUAUGUUUUAUGAUGGUCCACGGGAUUCCACACAGUCACUAAAUCAAGAGCAUGAGCCUCUCUUAAAGGAAAGUGAUAUACCAAGUCAGUCGUAUGGCACGGUAAACUCAGACGAGCCAUCACCUAACCAGGAAGAUUUUCCUGCUAUCGUAGAUGUAUCCAUGUCCACCAGUCCAACAGCAAAUGAUCAUCUUCACCUAAAGAACGAUGAACUAGAUCAAAGAUUUCACAAUGUGAAACCAGUGAUUGGACUGCUGCGGGAGGACAUUGUGGUGCUUCUGACAGCUCAGUUUGUGACAUUCUUUAAUCAGACAGCAUUAGAAACUCUGGUCACACCACUUGCACAGAAAUAUCUCGCAUUCCAGGAUCUGGAAAAUUCGCUGCUGUAUUUCCUUUGUGGAAUUGAGAUGUUGAUUGGUUUCCUCAUUGUACGCGCCCUCAGCCGUUGCUGUACAGAUCGUCUCAUCCUGGCUUUUGGCCUCUUCAUCUGUAACAUCUCCUGCAUUUGGUGCCUCAUAUUCUUGGCAAAACCCAAAGGGAGUUAUGGAUUUCUGCUGGCAGAGUUCAUCAUUGGGGUUUUCCUACAAGUUCUUGGGUUGCCCUUUGUAUCGGUAGCCCAGGUAUCUCUUUUCUCCAAAGUGACAGCUGAGAAUACCCAAGGGUUUAACCAUGGGAUUCGUCGUUCAGUUGGAGGUGUAGCCACAAUUUUGGGGCCACUGUGGGCAGCAGGCUUAACAGAAAAUCUUUACAUAAUGUUGGGAGUCAUGAUGGGUCUGCUCCUUCUGAACACGAUAUUGUUCAGCGUGUCAUACAAGUACCUUGUGGAACCUGCCCCAUCGGUGACUGAAACUUCAUGAAAAAGAAUGAAACUUUCUAUAACUCAAAAGUGCUCUGAGGUUUCUUUUUUAUCCAUUUAUCAGGGAUCAUUGUAGUGACUGGAAGCUGUUAACUGCUGAAAGCCAUCUGCUUGCCUCGCCUUCAUGAAAUUUGAACUCUAUGAUUUCAUUAACUCUCUGUGAUCAUCAACAAGAUACAGCAAUGGACAUAUUUGUAGUAUGUUUUUCAGAGUAUGACGAUGUAAAACGCAUGUGACAGAUAGCUACUGUUUGCAGUUGGGAGGUGAAUUUCCAUCUGUGGAAGCAAACUUUUUCUGUGAGAUAGCUGCACAGUCACAAGAAGGUGGUGUCCUAACUGACUUGGAGAGAAUACAGUCCACCCAUUAGAGAUGCCAGUUUUACAUGCCCACAUAUCAAUUUUUUCAGUGUAAAAAUAUUAAUGGGGGCUACUGACAAUAGAAACAAGCAAAUUAUUGCCUAUGUCUUGUGUUUUAUAACAAUGCUAUUUGGUACUCUGUUUCUUCAACUAUGACUGGAUGCUGGUAACAA